UGUCACGUGACUGCUUUACAGCAUUCAACAUGGCCGCCGAGGAUCUGCCGUCUGAUUUUGACGUCGUCAUUCUGGGCACAGGUCUGGCUGAGUCGGUCGUAGCAGCGGCUUUCUCCAGAGUCGGCCAGAGAGUUCUUCACAUCGACAGGAGGAGUUAUUAUGCAGCUAACUGGGCCAGCUUCACCUUUAACUCUCUACUGACCUGGAUCCAGCAGCACCAUGAGGAGCCUCAGCCAGAGGAGCUCCAGGAUUGGUCCAGCCUGUUGGAGGAAGGGGAGGAGCUGAUCUACCUGUCAAACUCUGACUCGGCCUCCAUUAGAAAUGUGCAGGUGUUCUGCUUCACUAGCGAAGAAGACGAAGAGGAGGGAGCUCCAAACACCAAAGAAGAAGAACGAGGAGCAGCUGAUGGAGACGCUGUUAAAGAAACGUCAGAAAGUCCAUCUGCAGAUUCAAAAGAUGAAGAAACAAACCAGAAACCAGAGGAGGAGGAGGAGGAGGAAGAAGAAGAAGAACAGGCCUCCCAAAUAGAGGGGGAGGAGCCGUCUGCUGCUCAGAGCCAAUCAGAGCCAACCAGGAAGAAGAUCAGCUACGCUCAGCUGGUGAAGGAAGGACGCAGGUUUAACAUUGACCUGGUCUCCAAGCUGCUAUACUCUCGCGGCUCAUUGGUCGACCUGCUCAUCAAAUCAAAUGUCAGUCGCUAUGCAGAGUUCAAAAACGUCACCAGGAUACUCACCUAUCGCCAUGGAAAUGUGGAACAGGUGCCCUGCAGCAGAGCUGAUGUGUUUGCGAGUCGUCAGCUGUCUGUGGUAGAAAAGAGGAAAUUGAUGCGUUUCCUGACGUCUUGUGUCGAGGAGACGGACGAGCAGCGAGCCUACAAAGCUCGCCCAUAUUUGGAGUUCCUGCAUGACCAGCAGCUUGGUGAGAACUUGCAGCACUUCCUGCUUCACUCUAUCGCCAUGGCAACAGAAGACACACUCACAGAGGAGGGCCUCGCCUCCACACGACACUUCCUGCGCUGCCUGGGUCGCUACGGCAACACACCCUUCCUAUUUCCUGUCUACGGCCUGGGAGAAAUACCCCAGUGUUUCUGUCGGAUGUGUGCUGUGUUUGGAGGAAUCUACUGUCUGAGACAUUCAGUCAACUGUCUGCUGGUGGACAAGGAAACAAACAGGUGUAAGGCGGUGAUUGACAGCCGAGGACAGCGAAUUAGCUGCAGACAUUUUGUUGUGGAGGACGGCUUUGUGGGAUUGGAUCGUAAGAAGCAGGCCACGCCCCCCAGGUUUCUGUCCAGAGCCGUUCUCAUCACUGACCGCUCCGUUCUGCCCAGCGGUUCUGACCAACAGGUCUCCAUGGUAACGGUUCCCCCCGUAGCAGCAGGGUGUCCCACUGUGAGGAUGGUGGAGCUGUGUCCGUCCACCAUGACCUGCAUGGCGGGAACAUAUUUGGUCCACCUCACCUGUCAGUCAGUUGGCUCCGCCUUUGAGGAUCUGUCGCCGUUGGUUACCACAAUGUUCCGCACUACAGAGUCACCUGACCAAGAGACGAGUCCGUCUGUCCUCUGGUGUCUCUACUUCAACAUGGCUGACGGCUCGGGGUUGGACGUCAAAGGUCACAACCUUCCGUCCAAUGUGUUUGUGUGCUCCGGCCCCGACGGAGGUCUGAGUCACGAGCAUGCCGUCCGACAGGCCGAGUGGAUUUUUAAGAAAAUUCUUCCUGAAGAAGAUUUCUGUCCUCCAGCUCCGAAUCCUGAAGACAUCAUCUACAACGGAGAAAACACCUCCUCUACGGGAGAGGAGGAGGAGGGAGGAGAGGAGGAGGAAGAAGAAAAGAAGCAGGGGGGAGGAGGCGAGGAAGGGAAGGAGGAGCAGAAGGAGUAAGGAAAGGAGAGGAGGAGCAUGUUCAUCUACAAACCUUAAGACAACUCCUGCAAUGCAUUGUGGGUUAAAGAUGCCUUCAUUUAGUGCUAGAAUUUUGUAUCAAACUUGUAUAAUUUGUUGUUCUUCUGCUUUUUUAUUUAAAUAUUGUUUAGUUUCUGUUCUUUGGAAACAUUAAAAAGCUUUAACGUGAAAUAGUUUAUAUGAAAACGCCACUGCUGCUACCCAUAAUCCUUUGGGAGAGAUGAGAUGCAUGAUGGGAAACUGAAGGUUAUCCAAAGCCCCCAAACACUAGUGGUUAAUAUGAGCAUGGUGUGUGUGUGUGUGUGUAGUGUGUUCUAACAGUGAAUUAGUCACAUGUGUGUUUUAUGAUGAGUUUGUACAUUAAAUAUUAAGCCUUGUUUCUAAUCACGGUUCAAACUCCGUACGCUUGCAUUAAUAUUUACACCUCAACAGGGGGGACGUAUUGUUUGUGGUGGUUGCCAUGGUAACUCGUAUCAUGGCUCCAUUCAUGCUGCCUUCAGUGCUAAACAGCUGAUCUGAACCCAAAACUCAGUUAAUCCUUCUUGAAACAGACCCCUGGAGUCGGUUUAGAGUCUUGAUGACCUUAAUUAAAAUAGUUUUAAUGCACAAUGAGACAAUAACAAGCUGCACACUCUGAAAACUAGUUAAAAAAUAAAUCUUUAUAUUGUUACGACCCGUAAAGAUAGAGAUGGUUUAAUUCCCCUGAAUGAGGUCGUGAACCUGCUGAGGCUUUUAAUCUAAUUGGAGAGGCGGUGUUUUUAGGCAGCAGCCAGCUGUUAUAUUAGGAUUAUACACUUUAUUUACUUGACAUGGCGGUUGGUGCAUAACUUCAGACAAAUAAAGUCAACCAGUAGUUUCUCAGCCCCCUGCAGUAGGAUUUGGGCUAAAGGAUAUAGAAUAAAGGGCUGUACCUCACUACGGAGACAUGGGAGGUUUGGAGUCGACCGGUUCAGAAUUAAUAACUAAUCAGGUUAUUGAUGGAAACUCUGAACACAAA